UGUUUUCAUAUUUGGUAUAUAAUAAAUUAUUGACACAUAUAAAAAUUCAGAAUCCACAUAUGUGUACCAGCGUAAACCAGAUGAAAGAGCUGUGGAAUAACAUACUCCAAAGUUCUCACCUUUUAUUAGAAGAAGAUAUUAAUAUCUCAAAUAAAAGAUGGAAGACUUUCAGAGAAUAUAUGAUAACGCAACAUAAACCAACAACUGUUGAUUUCACUAUUUUAAGUGUUUUGCGUCAGAAGAUUGGUCCAAAUGCUGGAAUAGCUUAUUAUAAAUAUUUGAAGAAUAACAAUUAUAAACUUGAAAUAUUUACUACAAUUAAAUAUUUGGAAUUAUAUAAAUGGAAAAAUGAUGAUAUUACAGAAGUAGAAAAAAAAGAUAUUUUAAGUAUAUAUAAUGAUUUUAUGAAUAAAUAUAAAUCAUUUGAUGCAAACAUAACCAAUGCCCUUAUUAUGGCUUUGAAUAAAGUGAAUAAAUGGGAAGAGGCUGUUAAGGUUAUAGAAAAAUAUGAAAAAUAUGACAAGAGUAUUACUACUGGACAUAGUUUUUUAAUUUCAUGUUUAUUUAAUUGUGGACAAGAAGAAUUAGGAUAUAAAUAUUUAGUUAAUAGCAUGGAAAAGGGUUUGAAAACUUUGGAUGAUGUAAAUUUAGCAUAUUUAAAACAUUGUAAAAGAGAUGAAUCCACUUUUGGUGAAAAAAUUCAGAAGAUAUUUACAUUAUGGUCAAAAUAUGGUAUUAAGCCUUCUGUGACAGUUGCAUUUGAAUAUAUGACGACAUGCAAUAAUUAUGGUUGGAACGCAUACCAGGCAAAUGUAACAAGAUCAAUUUGUAAUAUAUGUGGUAAAAAUGUAUUAGAAAUCGAAUUAUCUGACGAUAGUUAUGAAGACUUGCUUCAAGGGACAAAAAGAUUUCUUAUGAACCAUUUGUAUGCUGCAAGUGAACCACAGGAAACAACAAAAUUUAUGUCAUUUGUUGAGAAACGCAAACCAUAUGACAUUGUUGUAGAUACUUUAAAUUUGUUAUAUUCUAAACAACAUAAACAACAGCACUUGAUUAUGGUUAUUAAGAAACUUGCAGCAAUGAAACAAAAAGUACUUCUAAUUGGGAGGAAACACGUAGGUACUUAUUUAAGGGAAUUAUCUCAGCAAUAUAAAACUGAUUAUUACAUUGUUCAAAAUUGGUCCAAUGAUGAUGCGUUUAUAAUGUAUGCAGCAUUUUUAAGCGGAAGAAAUACCAAAGUUCUUUCAAAUGAUUUCAUGCGAAAUAAAUUUAAUUUUGAAAGCACUGUGCUAAAUAUUCUAUUUAAAAAGUGGCAAUUUUUACAUCAUUAUGUUAUAAAUGCAAAUGGAAACUGGAUAAAACUAUAUUCAGACAGAUCUGUCGAUUCAAUUAUUGAGAAACAGGGAAAUCAUUGGCAUAUACCAUAUAUGAAUAUCUCAUCUACAUCAAGACAUCUACAAUCGUCUGAUUGGAUUUGUAUUGACACAUGUCCGUAG